AUAGUGGAUAACUUGUGGUGCUCCUUGCUUUCCCGUUUCUCCAUAUUCUCCGUGUUGUUGUCUGCGCUUUAUUUUAUUAAUAAAGUUGCCGCCUGUCUGUCUCCAUCUGACAAAUACUCUAUUCCUUGCAGUUUUUUCAUUUUCAUCCACCAUGCCCGUCUCUUUUUUUCUUUUCCUCCCCUUGUUUUUUUUUGGAUUUUAUGCUGUCUGCGCGUCUCUCUCUUUUGUUGGGCAUCGGCAGUUAUCCCAAAGAUUCAAUGGUGUACUGGUGCUCCCUCAAGCUCCGAUCUUUUUCUUCUCAGAGAGCUCAAACACAGCACAAAAUACUAUUUUUAAUAGAUGCCCACGUUGAAAUCAUGUCUUAGGAGGGAGGCCUUAGGAGUUGAAUCAGGAUAAGCCUGAGUUUAACCUAGAUUUCUGCUUUUCAAUUGUUUUGCUAGUCAUGUAGCAUGAAAUGAGUUAGAUAAAACCUUUUUGUGAUAUGCAAUCUUUUAUUAGGGUUGCUCAUGCUGUCAGAUUGUCGUAUCCAUUUCUAUAUCUCUUCUCUUUUAUCGGCCUGAUCAUGGUCCCCCUCAUUCAAAUCGAUCUAAUCCAUAGAAACCAUUUAUCAUAAUCUGGAAAGCAUGAAGCCACCAAAGCCAUAGGAGACAAGAUCAUAUGGAAAGCUGCAAACACCCCAAUCUCAAUAGCCCAUGGUGAGCAACUAUGCUCAGAGUUUAAUUUGUUUCUGAUUGUGGUGCUCAACUUCUUGCCAUCCCAAAUUUUCAAAUCUUCAAAAACCAUCCUCAAACCCAAAUCAAUGUCUUCCAAAGAGACCACUUUAGGAUUACUUAAAAGGGUACCUGGCAAUACUAAAUAGGGUUGCAGAAGCACUUGACACAAGCCUCUAGUGGAUGCAAACAGACCCACAAGAAUGGCAGACUGCAGUAGAGGUCUUGAAGUCAUUUUAUCUCUGCUGUUCAAUUGAUUCCAAAGAGGCCAUUUUAGGAUUUACUUAAAAGGGUACCUGGCAAUACUAAAUAGGGUUGCAGAAGCACUUGAAACAAGCCACUACUGGAUGCAAAGAGACCCACAAGAAUGGCAGACUGCAUCAGAAGCCUUGAAGUAAUUUUAUCUCUGCUAUUCAAUUGAUUCUGCAAUCUGUAUUAUGGUGGAGGAACAGGGAUAAGUAAAUCAAGGGGGAUCUGAUCUAUGAAAGAUGCCAGAGAAAAGACUAUGCUUAGGGAGCAGCAGCAUCAGCUCAAACAAUGUGGUGGGAUCAUCCUGCCUCCCGGAUUUGUCGUUGCAUAUCAGUCUGCCAACUAGCAAGUCAAGUACUGAAGAUCACGGGUUCGAUUUUUGGAGAAAGGCCCAAAAGUCAAACAGUAAUCUUGAUGCCAAUGCCAAUGCUUCUAUCCAUUCCAGCAAGCGUGGAGCUGAUACCAUCAACUUGAGUUUAGUCCAUCCAAACCCAUCUCCUCCUCCUCCUCCUAAUCCAUCUUCUUCCACAGAUAUCAAGAGCAGGCAUAUUCAAGACUUUGGAGCUGUUCCUUACAUAAAAGGGGUUCCUGUAUAUUCUCCAAGCUCCUGUUUUUCAGCCUUGAAUCCUCCUCAACUAAGACCAGAUACACUUGAUCCAAAGCUGGUUUUACUCACAUCAGGGGCAGAAAGAGGUCUACAAAUUGGGCAUGCCAAUCGGCUUAUAUCUUCUGGUUGUAAAUCCAUUAUGCAGCCAGGUAGCUAUAGUUUUAAUGGCAGAGAACACCAGCAGCAUUUAGAGUCUCUAAGGCUGAUUCAGACUAUGGAGAACAGUGGUCGAACUAAUAGGAUCUUCAAUUCCUAUGGUCGACCUGAUUCACAGGAGGAUUCGACUGUUUCAGAGACUUUCAACUCAUUGAGGUUCUUAAGACCUGAGAGAAGUUUAUUCAGUAGCAGCAACAGUGGGCCCUCUAGCCAUAUUUCUGAUAUACAGUCGAUGAGAUCUAGAUUCAUAUCGAAGCUGCCCAGCAAGAGAAGUGUGCGAGCCCCACGGAUGCGUUGGACCAGUACUCUCCAUGCCCAUUUUGUUCAUGCAGUUGAGCUACUCGGAGGCCAUGAAAGAGCCACCCCCAAGUCAGUGUUGGAGCUGAUGAAUGUGAAGGAUCUCACUUUGGCCCAUGUUAAGAGCCAUCUGCAGAUGUAUCGAACUGUAAAGAAUACCGACAAACCUGCAUCUUCAGAAACGUUUGAAACAUCAACAAAUACAACACCAGAAGAUUAUAUUGUGAAUCAAAGUGAUUUGGUAGAUAAAUCAUUAAGUGAAUUUAAGUUUGGAGCUCAUGAAGUGAGAGGACCUUUGAAAACAGUGGAAAUUAAAUCCAAUUCAGAAGACUUGUAUCGAAAUAUGCUGAGCAACUCAUUAAGAGGAUUAUGGCCAAAGCAAAAUCAGCUUCAAUAUCCAAAAUUGCUAACGAAAGAAACUAACUCUCGACAAAUUUCUCCCAUGCAACAACAUUUGAUAGAUCCAUUUAAGAAACACUAUAAUGGACGCCAAGAAUCUGAGCAGCAGUCCAGCAUAAGCAAUGAUGUCCGUUUACAGGGCUCCAAUUUAAAUGUGAAUAGCAUUAAUUUGUUACAUAUGGCCCCUAAUUAUAAUCGGACAAUUCAGAAAAUGCCCAGUUUAGAAUUUACAUUGGGCAGACAAGAUUGGCAAGGAGAGCACUCUGACACCCCCAAAGAGCUGCUUCUCCUUAAAUGCUAGACCCAAUACUCCAUUUUUUAUGAAUAUACAAGCUAAUCUUGGCAUAGCUCGAAUUACUGAACAUUACAAACAGAAGCAGUAAAGAUUAUAUGUAUUCCGGGCAUAGAUUAUUAAGGGCCAGUUUCUUUUUCUCUCUCUGUACAAAUUUUUCUUUCUUUUAAAUUCUCUCCCUAUAUUUUCAUUCACUUGGUUAGUCUCCUUUUUCAAGGCAAGUAGUUCGGAGAACGCAGAGGUGGUAGAAGAGCAUAAAAACUCAAUUUUAGGCUGUUAAAUUUUUUUGAGCUGGGUCUUAAAUUGUAAACAUGUUGCAUGCAUGCUUGUUCUGACUGUUUUGUAAUAUGGGUUUUGUAAGGAAUUGGUAGCCAAGUACUUGGACCAAUUAAGCAUUGUACAAUCUUUUACUAAAGAGAAAUUAUAAUCAAAAUAAGAAGAGUGAAAGUGGCUUAUUAAGUUA